AUGGAUCCUCCACGAGAAGAGGCGAUCUACAAUGAACGAUACGUCAAGGUCAUCUGCGUGGGAGCCGGUGCCUCUGGCUUAUGUCUUGCCUACAAACUGCAAAAGUGUUUCCGAAAUUACUCCCUGACUAUAUAUGAAAAGAACCAUGGUGUCGGAGGCACCUGGUUUGAGAACAGGUACCCAGGCUGCGCCUGUGAUGUUCCAUCUCACAACUAUGUCUAUUCUUUCGAGCCCAAGGCCGAUUUCUCCUCGGUCUACGCAAGCUCGAGCGAGAUUCAGUCAUAUUUCCAGGGGUUUGUGAGUAAGUUUGGUCUUGGGAAAUAUCUGAAGAUGUCUCACUGUGUGGAGGAAACAACGUGGAAAGAGGACAAGACUCAAGGACGGUGGGAGGUUGUGACAAGGAACCUGGUCACGGGUGAAGUGUUCAAGGACUGGUGCCACGUUCUCGUUCACGCUACCGGGUAUCUGAACAAACCAGCUUGGCCCAAGGUCCCAGGAAUUGAUGACUUUGAGGGUCUCAAAACUCACAGCGCCGACUAUGACACGAACAUACAACUGGCUGGAAAGGAGGUGUUACUCAUCGGAGCCGGGUCAUCUGGAGUGCAGAUUUUGCCUGCGAUCCAGCCCAUUGUCAAGAGCGUGACAGUCUUUGUCAGGUCUCCUACGUGGGUACUGCCAGAUAUCUCCACAGAGGCAGGGCAAUUCAGCCCAGAGGAGAUCGAGAAGUUCAAGCGAGAACCGCAGACAGUGAUGAAGCUGCGGCAGGAGAAUGAAAGAACCAUGAACAGCAUAUUCAGCAUCUACCUCCGCGGCUCAGUCCUGCAGAGACAGUGCAAGGAUCUGCUCGAGGUCGAAAUGAAGAAAGCAGUUGGCGAUCUCGCUACAGAGGAUCAGCUGAUACCCAAGUUUGCUGUGGGCUGCAAGCGGGUCAUCCCGUCUGGUUUUAAGUACUUGCGAACCUUGAAGGAAAAGAACGUCAAGGUUGUAUACAGCGGCAUCCAGCGAUUUACCAAGACUGGCGUGAUAACCGACACCGGCUCCAGCCAUGAUGGCGAUGUUGCUAUUUGCGCCACUGGCUUUGACACUUCUUACAUAUCUCGGUAUCCGAUAUACGGGCCAUCGGGCCGGAAUCUGCAAACCGAAUGGGCUCAAUCCAUCAUGGGAUACAUGGGCGUUGGCAUCUCGGAGUUCCCGAAUACUUUUACCAUGCUGGGGCCCUACACCCCCGUCUCAAACGGUCCAACCCUCAUUGCUAUCGAGGCUCAAGCCGAUUAUAUCUGCUCGUUUAUCGACCGCUACCAGACGGAACCCGCGCUGAACAGUUUCCAUGUCAAGACGGAUGUCUGCGCUGAGUUCAAAGCUCACGUUGCGGAUUUCAUGAAUGACAAGGCGGUCUGGACAGAUAAUUGCCGGAAUUCCCACAACAAUCACAGUAUUGGGGGCCGUGUGCCGACAACCUGGCCCGGGAGCACUCUACACUACCUCGAGGCGAUGCGGGAGGUACGCUGGGACGAUUGGGAGAUGAAAUAUACUAGAAACAGGUUUAGUUUCCUAGGAAAUGGUAUAUCGCAGACGGAAUGGGAUCCUACGGCGGACUUGGGCUACUACAUCAAGCAAAACGAUGACGAGGGGUGGCCAAACAGCCGGUGGAAGAGAUGCCAGGCCAUUAACAAGAGUGGCAGUAUGCCUCCGAGACAGUUACACCGUCAGGCCAAGUUGUCUGCCGGCAAGGGAGAAGAUCACAAGGGGGCUAUCGAAGCGGCGUCGAAGAUUUAG